AUGGCACAUCGGUGUUACAUAGAUGACGCGAUAAUCAUAACUUACAUCGCGGCUGAGACGGAACGUCUAGUGAGCUCUUCGAAAAAAACCUUUGUCGAAAUCUACGGUUUACAUCAUAAAGACCAAAUCGGACAACCAACUACCAUUCUUCGACAUGCGGUGUUACGGUUCGAGUUCCCGAGAUAUGUGGCGAAGGCAUAG